AUGACAGAGACAAGUAUUGUUGAUUUGAUGAAGAAGAUCAUCGACAUCUUCAACGAGCAUGCUGGUGGAGACAACAAACUUGACAAAGAAGAAUUGAAGCAGCUGCUUAUUCAAGUCUACUUGGAUGACCCCUCACUUUUCUCGUCCGAAGAAAAGGCGCAAGAAGUCAUGAACGACUUUGACAAGAAUUUGGAUGGGAGCGUGACUUUCGAGGAAUUCAUCAUGCAGAUGGCUAAAAUGUCUACCCAGUUCAAAGAUGACAGCGAGGGCAAUUCCAAUUCCAAUUAA